ACAAAAUCUAUGGAGAACUCAACCCAAGUCAAGUUAUUUUAUCUCUUUGGCUUACAAGAGACAUUUAACAACAAAUCGGUCUAUUUUACCUUGUCUCUUAUCACAUACCUUCUCAUCAUCACUGUGAAUCUGACUCUGAUCAUAACAAUCAUUCAGCAGAAAGGUCUCCAUGAGCCCAUGUAUAUCUUUCUGUGUAGUCUAUGUAUCAAUGGAUUGUAUGGAACUGCUGGUUUCUACCCCAAGUUCUUACUGGACCUUCAGUCAGAUGUUCAGGUGAUAUCUUAUGGUGGAUGUUUGACUCAAACCUUUGUAAUAUACACAUCUGUCAUGUGUGAAAUGUCUACUCUAACAGUGAUGUCUUACGACAGGUAUGUGGCAAUAUGCAGACCACUACUAUAUCAUACCAUUGUGACAUCUUUAACUGUUAGAAAGUUACUCUUAUUGUCUUGGUUGACCCUGUUUGACAAUUUGCAAGGGUGGAAUAAUGUAAACAGUACACUAAAUAUGCGUAAUGCAAUGGCUGUACAAUUCCUUGUUAUUCCACCUGUCUUUAACCCUCUCAUAUAUGGACUUAACCUCCAGCAGAUUCGAAGGGCAGUUUUUAGAAAGUGUAAUCCACAUAACAUCAUUGAUAUGAAAUUUUAG